GAGUUUGUCUCGUCUCCCCUUUGCUUAUGACUCGUCCGGGUAUAGCCUCUUUCUCUUUCUUCACCAAAAAGACAAAGACUCUUGUUUGUGUCUCUUUGUCGCAUCAACUCAAUUCGUAGAGGCUCAACUUCAACUCAAAACCUCUCAUUGCCCGUACAUCCGUCCUAUCUCUCGACGAUCCAAGGCUCGUCCUGACUCGCUCAUUGGCAAGCUACGGCCAUUAUCGGCCAAAAUCCACAACUUCUAGCCAACAACCAUCGUGCCAUUUUACCGUCUCUGCUUGCUUGCUCGACCCCGCCGACGUAAGAAUUGGAGGGAGAGUGGAAAACUCUUAUCGUCGCGCGCAAACCCGCAUGGUGGUGUAGUACCUGCACAACACAUCCCAUCACCCCGCCCAUCGCGUGUCUCAACCCACCACGACGACCCCCGUUACGAUCGUCUGACGAUCGUCGAGUGGAAAUUCAAGGGUGCCUUUUUAACUGCCGGCCGAUGUCAGUUUGUUGCAGCAACUCCUGAGUUUGUAUCAGCAAAGUUAUCCUUGCCUGCGCUCUCCUGUGCGCUCACGUGCGCCACCUACUCUCAGAAGGCGCCUGUGCUACUUCGUGACACAGAGAUCUCAUAAACACUGCUCAUUCUCAUUACACGCCACACCAUCUCCACACAGGCUUCAUUCACCCAGGGACGUCACAGACCUCACAACAGGCUACCCACCGCAUCACACGGCCAGCCCCGGCGCAAUGGACGCCCCCCAGAAGGACAGGCUCGAUGUAGCCGGCACCGGCCUCUAUCCCGGUGCCGGCUCUUCGGACAUCGACGCCCGGGACCCGGACCUCGUCGACGCCGCCGCCGCCGAGAAGAAGAUUGUCCGGAAGCUAGACAUGCACAUCAUCCCGCUCGUGAUGCUCCUCUACCUGUUUAGUUUCCUCGACCGCGUCAACAUUGGCAACGCGCGUCUCUACAACCUCGAGCGCGACCUCGACAUGCACGGCAAUCAGUUCCAGGUGGCCGUGUCGAUCCUCUUCGUCACCUACAUCAUCUUCGAGGUGCCGUCCAACCUCGUGCUCAAGCUCUUCACGCCGCGCCGCUGGAUCGCCUUCAUCACCGUCUCGUGGGGCGUCAUCGCCACCCUCACCGGCCUCGUCCACUCGUACGGCGCGCUACUCGCCUGCCGCCUCCUCCUCGGCGCCGUCGAGGCCGGCCUCUUCCCGGGUCUCAACGUCUACCUGACCUUCUUCUACAGCAAGCACGAGCUCGCCCUGCGCGUCGGCUACCUCUUCGUCAGCGCCGCCAUCGCCGGCGGCCUCGGCGGCCUGCUGGCCUACGCCAUCGGCCACAUGGACGGCGUCGAGGGCCUCAGCGGAUGGAGGUGGAUCAUGAUCGUAGAAGGGCUGCCGACCGUCGUGCUCGGCGUCAUCACCUACUUUGCGCUGCCCAACGACGCGGCGACGGCCUACUUCCUAACGGACGACGAGAAGGCCGUCAUGGCGAGGCGGAGGGCGCGCGAGUACGGCAACACGAGCAGCGCGCAGGAGUUUAGCCGCGACGACAUGUUCAAGGCCUUUAUGGACUGGAAGGUCUGGGUGUUUAGCAUCGCGCAGUUUGGCGCCGACACGAUGCUUUAUGGCUUCUCGACGUUCCUCCCGACCAUCAUCAACGGCCUCGGCACGUGGACGGUCGCGCAGGUGCAGCUGCUGACGGUGCCGUGCUACUUCCUAGGCGCCGUUGUGUACAUGUCCAUGGCCUUCCUCUCGGACCGCAUGCAGCGGCGCGGCCUGUUCUGCGUCAUCUUCGGCAGCAUCAGCGUCAUCGGCUACGGCGUGCUCAUCUCGCCGUCGUCCAACGGGGUGCAUUACUUCGGCUGCUUCCUCGUGGCCGCGGGGCUGUACGUCGUCGUCGGGCUGCCGUUGGCAUGGCUGCCCAACAACUCCCCGAGAUACGGCAAGCGGACGACGGCCAGCGGCAUGCAGCUGACCAUCGGCAACUGCUCCGGUGUCAUGUCGUCUUUCAUCUACCAAGCCGUCGAUAAGCCCAGGUACAUCCGGGGCCACGCGGUGACUCUGAGCAUGGUCGGCAUGGCCACGUGCCUGUACGGCUUCCUGUGGUUCUGGUACUGGCGAGAGAACAAGCAGCGCGAGGCCGGCCGCGUCCAGAGCAAGUACGCCGACCUCUCGGACGACGAACUGGCCGAACUGGGGGACGAGAGUCCACGCUAUCGUUACACAAUUUGAGGCGAAGGCUUGGGGGUUUGCAGGUUUCGAGAUGGGGAAGGAUGUUCCAAGAGGAUAAUGUCGGAAGCACAUUGUGAUGGAUGAUGGAUGUGGAGAACGGGAGGUAGCACGUCUUGCUAAUGAGAUACCCUUUUAGAGAACGCGUCACGUUUGUACGUUCAUUUUAGCGAAUGCAGCUAUGUAAGACGAUAGACCUGUUUGCCUAGUGGGAGGUCAUAUAAGUCGAGAGCCUCGUCAGUCC